AUGAGCGACAGCGACACGCAACCUCUGUUGCGCAUCCUUACUGCAAUAACCUUCAUCCCCUCCCUCCCACUGUGUAUCACUCAUGGCGUUCUCUCACACAACCCCAUACCGGCCGUUGGCCUCGCUCCCAUGACCCUCUCCGCUGGCUACUCGGUGUUGCUCUUGACCUAUCGCCGCCGCAGCAAGCGCAAGCAAAACAACCGUCGGAGUAUCGGACAUGCUGAGGAAGACAAUGAUCUCGAGUCCGUCAGGAAUGGAGACGAGGCUGGAAUCAGCUCGAGGGAACCACUCAUCGAAGGAGGAGCGGAAGAGCCAGAAUAUCCGGCAUCGGAAAGAUCCCAAGCGGAGCAGACACCCGCAUGGGAGGAAGAGGCGGAGGAGAAGAAGACCCCUCUCUACGCUCACACCAUCUUCAUCUUCUUCGUCGACAGUAUCCUCGCUGCGGGGAUCAUGGUUGUUCUAGUCUUUACCUGGAUCAACACGCAAAAGGGCCGGACGGGGAUCACCAACCCCGUCUUGGGCGGCAAGCUGGCUAUGUUGGCUGCUUACGCUACAAUUCCUUUGUUGGCAAGCUUAAGUCUAAUCCACACCUACCUCGCCCUCCGCGGCUUCGCCAUCGGUUUAGCCCUCUACCCGCUAAUCCAAUACGCCGCCUGGCACACCCUUCCGCCCGACUGCCCCAACUGCAACAGCCGCCUGCGCCCAGCCUCUCGACCGAAGAUCCCUUGGUACGAUUUCGUCUCGCGGCCUAGGAACCUCAGCCUUCGGCCGACCUUUAAGGCGCCCAAGUGGUGGUCCAACCGUCAGCAACGCCGAACGGUGGUGGAUGUGGUUGGAGCGGGUGAUGUGGAUGAUGAUGCGACGGCGAGACUCUUCGUGAGGAAUGAUGACUUGGAGAGUGUGAGCCAUCUUGGAGAGGGCGUGGUGGCGGUGGAGAGGUAUAGGGAUGAACCUGAUGCUGAUGAGGACGCGGAGGUGGAAAAUGUGGAGACGAGGAGUUAUAGGGAUGAGCCUGAGGGUGAGGACAAUGACCGUCAGGAACCAGAGCAAGAGCAGCUCCCAGAGGGUCAGGGUGGGGAGGAGCAAGAGCAGCAGAAGGGGCAGACGGAAGACUUGUUGGAAGUGCAGCCGGAAGCCCAUCAAGAGGAAGAGGGUCAGCAGCAGCAGUCCGAGCAACAGCAGCGGGAACAGGACAAUGAUGCAAGGAGCGAGAGGCUCGAAAGGAUCGAGAGCCGUGACCGGGCUCUUACGCCUGCUCUGAUCUGA